CAAUUACGCUUUUCCUAAUUCCUAUCGUUUCUAAAUGAUAUCAUACAAAUGGCGGGAUUUUAGCAUACAAACGUUCCUCCGUUCGAGCGGUGAUCAAAUACGUUCUCUCUCUAUAAUCAUCAAUGCAUUUUGAUUGUUUGAAAUGAAGAAAUAUCCGAUCGGAGCUGAGCAUUAUGAGCUGUAUGAGGAGAUAGGGCAAGGUGUUAGCGCCUCGGUUUACCGAGCAAAGUGUCUUGAUAAUGAUGAAACUGUGGCUAUUAAAGUGCUUGAUUUUGAAAGAGGAAACUGUGAUCUGAACAAUGUAUCGCGUGAGUCUCAGACAAUGAUCUUGGUUGACCAUCCAAAUGUUCUUAAAUCGCAUUGUUCUUUCGUAAAUGACCAUAAUCUAUGGGUUGUUAUGCCUUUUAUGGCUGGUGGUUCUUGCCUACAUAUGUUAAAGGCUUUCCAUCCCGAGGGUUUUGAAGAAGCUGUUAUUGCAACUAUAUUACGCGAGGUUUUAAAGGCAUUGGAGUAUCUUCACCGUCAUGGCCACAUCCAUCGUGAUGUUAAAGCCGGAAACAUUCUCAUCAGCGACCAUGGUGCAAUCAAGCUGGGUGAUUUGGGUGUUUCUGCGUGCUUAUUUGAUUCUGGUGAUCGACAACGGGCAAGGAAUACAUUUUGCGGGACACCAUGCUGGAUGGCCCCUGAGGUUAUGGAGCAAUUGCAUGGAUACGACUUCAGGGCAGAUAUAUGGUCUUUCGGUAUAACAGCUCUCGAGCUUGCUCACGGGCAUGCUCCUUUCUCUAAAUACCCCCCAAUGAAGGUUUUGCUAAUGACCUUACAAAAUGCACCUCCUGGUCUUGAUUAUGAGAGGGACAAGAAGUUCUCCAAGUCUUUUAAGCAAAUGAUCGCAAGUUGCCUGGUUAAAGAUCCUUCAAAGCGCCCUUCUGCACAGAAGUUACUGAAGCAUUAUUUCUUUAAACAAGCUAGAUCAAAUGAUUACAUUGCACGCAAGCUGUUAGAAGGCCUCCAACCAAUUGGUGAUCGCCUUGAAGCAAUUAAGAGAAAGGAGGAAGACAUGGUUGCUCAAAAGAAAAUUCCAGAUGGUCAGAAGGAGGAAAUUUCACAAAACGAAUAUAAAAGAGGGAUUAGCGGGUGGAACUUUGACCUUGAUGAUGUGAAGGCACAAGCUUCCUUGAUUCAGGAUGAGGACAAUACUUCUAGUGAAAGGAAACUUCAAUAUCAAUUGUCAACCUUGAGUGAGGCUUCUGAAAUUGCUGAAGUUGAAGGAUCUGCUCCAUCUGGCUACUCUACUAUGGGUUUCUCUAUAGCCAACUGUGAGAACUCUGAAGAUGAGCUAAGCAUUGCUAGUUCUGCCAACGUACAUUUAUCACAGACUUCUUCUCCUCGUGCUCAUUCCCACCACAGAGCAGCUUCAUUUGAUAGUUUCAGUGAGAAAUUGCAAGGUCAAUUCUGUAGAGUCCCAAGCUGCAAUGAAACAGCAAGAGGCAUCCAACAUAAAGGGCGUUUUAAGGUUACCUCUGGGAAUGUCGAGUUUGACAAGGCAGCUGCACCUCAUCUGUUACAAAAGAGUCACAGUCUGCAGGUACUAAGCCAAAGUCACAUUCAUCAACCUUAUCAUGUUGAUGGUAGUCCUAUGCCGCAAAAUCAUCUUCCUUUUCCAGCCCUACAGUUUAUUAUGCAGACAAAUACUCUUCAAAGAGAUUGCAUUCUGAGUCUAAUGAAGGCAAACUCCACCAGUGAUUUUACAGACGGAGGAUGCACAUCAUCAAACAUUCAUGGGGUAGAUAAAUCUAUGUUGGAUGCAAACAGUCUCAGGGAAAAGGAAUUACUUAAUGAAAUCACUUAUUUACAAUGGAGGCUCGCAUGCGCACAAGAGGAGCUUCAGAAAUGUCAAACCGAAAAUUUCUAGGUUAUUUUGCAACCCUGCCAUAUGUCUAUUCGUAUGACUUUUAUUAUACCUUCAGGUAACCCCCAAAUCAGAAACAGAAGUUUUUUCCUCACCCUCACCCCACCCUUAUGUUAAGGUGUUUUCAUUUUAUUUAUCUUUUUAAUUAGUCACUAGUAAAACAAAGCACAAACAUUUCUUGUCCCUUUUGUAAA